UUCGAAUACCGGCACAAUUCAUUAACGAUCGUUGAAGAAAGACGAGUUCUGGUUUUCUACCAAGCGAAGUGAUCGAAGUGACCGUUUCGAACGAGACAGAACCCCCCCGAACGAAUCCACGUGCUAGUGUGCUGGUGUGUGUGUGUGAAAGUGUAGACAAGAGUGAGCAAUCGCAAGAACAUUUGUGCAUCCAAGCAACUGCCGUGCAAAACGCAAAGUGCAAAGCAUUAGAAUGAAAGUGUUUAUCGCAAUCGCUGCCCUUCUGGCCGUGGGCAUGGCCGCCCCGGCACCAGCCACCGAGCAGACCGGAGGAUUCGGCAUGAUGGCCAAGUACUUCGGAUCGUGCCUGGAGAGCGACGAGAUGGCUACCUGCUUCGCCGUCAAGGGUAUUACCGCCCUGAACCGUGCUGCCCGUGCCGCCAACAUUGAGCUGGCUCCUGGUGUCACUUUCACAAGAGACCCAGCCGUGCCAGUUGAGCGCACCGGAAAGGCCAUCUCGGAGAACGAAAUCGUGAGCACGCUGCCAGCCGAUGCCGACCAGAAGACGGAUGCCCUGUUCGAUCUGGCCAUCGACUCCGCCAAGCGCCUGUUCAGCGCCCGCUCGAUCCAGUUCAAGCUGCCCGAGGAGACGACCGAAACGAUCGCCCGCUCGCUGGAGGAAGGUAGACUGCUGAAGAAAGGCAAGAAGCUGAAGAAGGUGCUCGGCCCGCUGGUGCUCGCCCUCGGCGGCAAGCUGUUCGCCCUGCUGCCCCUGUUCCUCGGUGCCGUCGCCCUGCUCGCCGUUAAGGCUCUGCUCGUCUCGAAGGUCGCGUUCGUGAUGGCUGCCGUGCUCGCCGCCCAGAAGUUCCUCGGCGGUGGCGGUGGAUCGCCCCUGAACCUGCUGUCCAAGGUUGCCGGUGGAUCGUCCGGUGCCGUCGUCGGUGGCGGUGCCUCGGCCGGAGCUGGCGGCUGGUCGUCCGGUGCUAGCGCCGGCGGCUGGUCCAACACUGGCGCUGCCUCGGCCCAGUACCCGUACGCUCGCAGCUACGACACCGCCCAGGAGCUCGCCUACAGCGCGCAGGCACCGUCGCAGUAAGGCUGUUAACCCUACUCCCCACACUCCCCGCGGGACAAGAUCGCUUCCGGAUCCCGAGCCUGUGAUCCGUUUGGUCGAGCCUUGUAAAAUAGCCGUCGGACUGUGCCGCCGAGCCACGGUUCCGUAAUCGAUUUCCGUCACUUCGCUUCCAGUCAGUCUGUUUCACACUUUGAACUCUCGAUGAACUCGCCUUCGUACGUACUAUCUAGUCUACUUCCUUCUUAGUCGUCUUAUCCUCCCGUCU